CCUUUCCUGUCCUCCAGAGGGCGCAGACACCCUCCCGGAACGCAUGGUGUGCUUCAGACGCGCCCCUUGGUGUCUCCGCCCUUCACAAAGAUGGCGGCAGAAGGGCGUUAAACGGCCGCGGCAGCGCGGGGCGGAGACGGUCUCGUGACGGGGGAAGAUGGCUGCCUUUCCGUGGCAUUCAAGGCAGAGAAACUAUAAAACUGAAUUUGAAUCAUGUAGCUUAGAGGCUGUACCCUUGGACUUUGGAGAUUAUCAUCCACUGAAACCUAUAACUGUCACAGAAUCAAAGACCAAGAAAAUGGGGAGGAAAGGAAGUACUUCUUCUACUUCUUCUUCUUCCUCCAGCUCAAUGGUGGACCCCUUGAGCAGUGUUCUUGAUGGUACUGAUCCACUCUCCAUGUUUGCGGCAACAGCAGAUCCAGUGACUACCACAUCUAAUAUGGAUAGCUCAAGAAAGAAACGAGAUGACAUUUCCACCGUAGGAACUGAUUUUGAACCUUGGUCAAGCAAACGUGGUGAUAUCCUUGCCAGAUACACAACAACAGAAAAACUUUCUAUUAAUCUGUUUAUGGGAUCUGAGAAAGGCAAGGCUGCUGCCUCCACAUCUGCAAUGUCCGAGAAAGUCAGGACAAGGCUGGAGGAACUCGAUGAUUUGGAGGAGGGAUCCCAAAGAGAGCUACUGAAUUUGACUCAACAGGAUUACAUGAACAGAAUUGAAGAGCUUAAUCAGUCACUAAAGGAUGCCUGGGCCUCGGACCAGAAAGUGAAAGCACUAAAAAUUGUUAUCCAGUGUUCUAAACUUCUUUCUGACACAUCAGUAAUCCAGUUCUACCCAAGCAAAUUUGUCCUCAUCACUGAUAUACUUGAUACAUUUGGAAAAUUAGUGUACGAACGAAUCUUUUCCAUGUGUGUGGACAACCGAAGUGUCUUAUCAGAUCACUUUUCUCCAGAGAAUGUAAAUGACACAGCCAAAGAAACUUGCUUGAAUUGGUUUUUCAAGAUUGCUUCAAUCAGGGAACUUAUUCCCAGAUUCUAUGUGGAAGCAGCCAUCCUGAACUGCAACAAGUUUUUGUCCAAAACAGGAAUUUCAGAAUGUCUCCCACGACUGACAUGUAUGAUUAGAGGAAUUGGCGACCCUUUGGUUUCAGUAUAUGCCCGAGCAUAUCUGUGCAGGGUAGGCUUUGAUUUAGUUGGGAUGGAAGUGGCUCCACAUCUUAAAGAAAGCCUAAAUAAGAACUUUUUUGAUUUCCUCCUUACAUUUAAACAGAUUCAUGGGGAUACAGUUCAGAAUCAGUUGGUGGUGCAAGGUGUGGAGAUUCCAUUGUAUCUUACUUUGUACUCUCCUGCUAUUGAUUGGAUUUUGCAGUGCAUUGCUUAUCAUGCUCCUGAGGUUCUGCUUACUGAGAUGAUGGAAAGGUGUAAGAAACUAGGGAACAAUGCUUUGCUGUUGAAUUCUGUGAUGUCAGCAUUCAGAGCUGAGUUUAUUGCUGCGAGAUCUAUGGAUUUUAUUGGCAUGAUUAAAGAGUGUGAUGAGUCUGGAUUCCCCAAGCAUCUCCUUUUUCGCUCAUUGGGAUUAAACUUAGCCUUGGCUGAUCCCCCUGAGAGUGAUCGACUUCAGAUAUUGAAUGAAGCCUGGAAAGUUAUCACUAAAUUGAAAAAUCCACAGGACUAUAUUAAUUGUGCUGAAGUAUGGGUAGAAUAUACGUGCCGGCAUUUUACGAAACGGGAGGUCAAUACUGUUUUAGCAGACGUCAUCAAACACAUGACUCCUGAUCGGGCAUUUGAAGAUGCAUAUCCACAGCUUCAUUCAAUAAUUAAGAAAGUUAUCGCCUACUUUCAUGAUUUUUCAGUUCUUUUCUCAGUGGAGAAAUUUUUGCCAUUUUUGGAUAUGUUCCAAAAAGAGAAUAUCCGCGUGGAGGUUUGCAAGUGCAUUAUGGAAGCUUUUAUUAAGCAUCAGCAAGAGCCUACCAAGGAUCCCGUCAUCCUGAAUGCUUUAUUGCAUGUUUGUAAGACUAUGCAUGACUCUGUGAAUGCACUCACCCUUGAGGAUGAAAAGAGAAUGUUGGCAAUUUUAAUUAAUGGAUUUAUAAAAAUGGUUUCAUUUGGUCGUGACUUUGAGCAACAAUUGAGUUUUUAUGUGGAGACUAGGUCAAUGUUUUGUAAUCUGGAGCCUGUUCUUGUCCAGUUGAUUCAUAGUGUGAACAAGUUGACGAUGGAAACAAGAAGAGUAAUGAAAGGAAAUCACUCCAGAAAGACUGCUGCAUUUGUCCGGGCCUGUGUUGCCUUCUGUUUCAUUACAAUUCCUUCCUUGACUGGUAUCUUCACACGUCUUAAUCUCUAUCUGCAUUCAGGUCAGGUCGCGUUGGCAAAUCAGUGCCUUUCCCAAGCUGAUGCUUUCUUCAGAGCUGCAGUAAGCCUUGUUCCUGAAGUUCCAAAGAUGAUUAAUAUAGAUGGAAAGAUGCGGCCAUCUGAAUCAUUCCUUCUGGAGUUCCUCUGCAAUUUAUUUUCUACUUUAUUAAUAGUUCCGGAUCAUCCAGAACAAGGAGUCCUAUUUCUUGUUCGAGGUUUACUAAAUGUGAUCCAGGACUACACUUGGGAAGACACUAGUGACGACAAAAUUCGUAUCUACACCAACGUUUUACAUCUCCUCUCUGCAAUGAGCCAAGAGACUUAUCUCUACCACGUAGACAAAGUUGAUUCCAACGACAGCCUCUAUGGGGGAGACUCAAAAUUUCUGGCUGAAAACAACAAACUUUGUGAGACCGUGAUCACACAGAUCCUAGAACACCUCAAAGCCCUGGGAAAAGAUGAGACCCUGAAGCGCCAAAGUAUUCUCGCACUUUCCUUCUUUAACAGCAUCUUAGCUCACGGUGAUCUUCGAAACAACAAACUUAAUCAACUGUCUGUGAACCUGUGGAAUCUAGCCCAGAGGCAUGGCUGUGCAGAUACCAGGACCAUGGUGAAAACUCUGGAAUACAUCAAGAAAAGAAGCAAACAACCAGAAAUGAGUCAUUUGUCAGAACUGGCCCUCAGGCUCCCACUGCAAACCAGGACCUAAUCAAUACAGCCUCUUUCCUGAGACUCUCAUUGGAAUUUAGUCUUCCUUCAUUUUAAGAAUCCCUGAACAUACAAUACAUUGACUUUUAUUUUGGCAUUGGUUUAAGUAUUCUGACAAUGAAAAGAGAAAUGUUCACAUCUGCCAGUAAAGGGCAUCUUACUUUCUAUUUGCAAAUAACCUUUUAGAUCUCAUCAAGCAGCCUUCUAAUAAGUCUGUAGGUCCUCUAAGAAGAAAAAAUUAGUGCAUGUAAAGGUGACAAGCCUCCUAACACCUUUUCUUUUUUAAAGUUAAUCCUAAAAUCCUAUUUGGAAAGCCAGUAUGGGUUAGUCCUGAAGAUGGAGUUAGGAAGGACUGGGUGAAAAGUAUGCUUCAGGUGCUUACUACUCAUGUGAUAGUACCAAAUUACUUAACCUCCUGGAGCCACAGUUUCUUAAUCAGUAAAUAGCUAAUACCAACCUCACAGGAUUUGUGAGACUAAAAUGAGAAAAUGUAUAUAAAAGGCUUUGCAAACUUGUGUCUGUUUAAAUUGUCUGUUAUUAUUUGAGAAGUCACUCCAGUAUAUUUAUACCCAUUUUCAAUUUUUUGAUUUAUGAAAAGUUAAUUUCCAUUAAACAGCUUUCUAGGAUUUUUUAGAAGGCUAAUAAGUAGAUUUAAAAAAUACUUCCUUUGAUUGUAAUUUUCCACCCUAAAAUCUGUGGAGAACUUUGUAGGUAGGGUUUGAGGGGAUUCUCUUUUUCCCUUGCACUGGACAUGGUAUCUAGCAUCAUAACAAUUGUGCAGGAAAACAUUCCAUCCAGCAGUUGGAUAGUCAGUUUAGAAGAGUUUGAGUCAAAGUCAAAGAAGCAAAACCACAUUUGACAGACAUAGCUACAGAGAAGCAGCUUUAGGAGUGGAAUCUCUCAGAAUGAAGAGAGCCAGCUAUGGAUUCAAGAGAAAGCUAGCCUUGGCAAUAAGAAAUUGAGCUACAGGGAGAAGGUCCUGGAAGCCCAGCUGAGCAACCCAUGAAGUGCCCAGAAAGAGCUUUGUGAGGACUCAGUCCUAGAGUUAAGUGGCUCUGGCCUUAUGUCUAAAUAUGUCCCUCUUUACCAUGGUUUGUGCCUGCCCUUCCAUAGUUGUAUUUCUGGCUAACCAUGUCCCAGGUUUAUGUGGGAGCAAGAGGACAAUAUUUUGUAGUUACACCAUCUUAGUAAAUGUCUUUGCAAAGAGCCACUUGUCUGUUGGUGGAUUAAGGAAAGCACCUGAGUUGGGGCUCAUGAGCUACAUUUGCAAGAAUUGGUACCCAAAAGUACCCUGAGAACCUCAAGGUAGAAACUUUAUGUGGGAGUAGCCCAGAGCCAGUGCCAUGUGCAUAUAUUCUGUUGGUUAUAAUCAAGGGAGUAGUAAAUUUGUUUAGUUCGAUAUGGAAAGGCUGGAGACUCAAGUUUAAACACAACUUCGCAAUUUUAUUACGUGUGUGACUUUGGGCCUGAAUUUCUUCAUGUGUGUGUUCCUAAAUAUAGUAUGUUCCAAAAGUCAUAGUGCUAUUCAAACUUAAAGUGGCACUAAGAUCCCAGGUUACCCUGUAUAAUCUAGAGGAACAACUGACAAAUUUUAUAGUUUUUCCUUACCUGCUUCAUAAAUUCUUUCAUUGUGACAAUGUGAGCAAAACUAAGUGAAGUGAUAAUUUUGAAA